AUGUUUCUAUCUGUUUGGUUGUCGUUAUUAUUGUUGAUCGUUAUUGUACCUUGUAAAUUUGAUUAUUCUGCUUAUUGCUCUAAUGGUCGACCAGCUUUUUCGAUAUUUAACGUAUCUACUUUUACUUUUUCAGCACGAUGUUCUACACCUGGUCGAUCGUGUUAUAACAAAAAAGGAAAAUGCAGUAAAGAAUACUUAUGUUGCCCCUAUACACUAAAAAUGUCAUCAAAACCUCAAUUAUAUGAUCGAGCAACCAAUAUUAAAUUUACUCGUAUUGGUGAUGAUUAUAAAAAUGCCUAUCGUUUAUUUGAAAUAAAUUUAUUAUCCAAUAAUUCUAUAUUGUAUGACAGUUAUCAACGAUGGUUUUUCUUUCAACAAACAUUACGUGAUCUAUUUGAAAUGCCAAAUGCUAGAUUUUGGUAUCCAAUCAUGAAUUGUAUGCAAAAUCAUGGUAUUGUAUAUGUAUUCAUUCCACUUAAUGCAACAUCAGUUACAGCUAAUAUAAGUGCAAUGACAAUAUUAACAAGACAAACAAAUUCAUUCAAUAAUCUUUAUAUAUGUUAUAUGGCAACAAGAAAAGAAUAUCGUCGACAAGGUUUAGGUACACAUCUUUUACAACAAAUUGUUCGUCGUGCAUUAGAUGAACGACAAAAUGGUAUUAAAUAUAUAUCUUUACAUGUAAAUACAUUAAAUACAAUUGCACUUGAAUUUUAUGAAAAAUGUGGUUGGCGAUGUUAUGAAUAUUUGCCUAAAUAUCUUGAUCCUGAACCACAUCAUGCAACAAAUCAUGCGCAUACAUUAAUACUUAAUCUAGAUAAUGUAAAAAAUGUUACCAGUCUAUGUCGAGAUCCCGAUGCUGUUGAUAUAAAACAAUCAGACAAUAAACAGAGCAUGGAAAUUUGCCAUCGUGUACCUACUGAGCUUUAA